UUGCCCUGUCUUUGCUUUUCUAUUCCUUUCCCAUUUUUCAUGACCCCCAGAUGGUCUUUGAUCUUCAUAUUUUGGAGCAACUCGACAGGCUUUGAGGGUGACUGCUGUGCGGCACUCUCACACACGGUCACAGGUUUGAUUUCUGCCGCCUGGAAAUGGCGGAUAGAAUUGGGAUAGAAUGGCUUAACCAUGAUUUGAACAGAGGACUGACUGGGCAGCAAAGUCCGGAUUUUCUCAUCUCUAUACCAUUUGGCACGGGCUAUUACCUUGCCUUUUUUUUCUCUUCUUUAUUCUUUGACAUUUCUCCUUUAUUGAUGUUUUUUAAACUCUAUUGCAUGGCUAGUUUGGAUCAGCUUAUAAGCGUUGUUUUUGUCUUGGGGGUUUUCCUUUUUUCCUUUUAUUCCCCCCUUGUGCCACGAGAAGUUCCAAGUUAUGGCCCAGAAAACUUUUUUUUAUUUGUUUAUUUUUUUUUGAUAUGUAUAGUAUACCAACUGUGUUAGGGGCCCAUUGUGUAAGAGACCAUGUCACAUUGAAACGUGAAUGAACUGAUUGAUACCACACUGGAA